AUCAUAAAACACCCGGCUGCAGGACUAAGUGCUCACUCACAGCCAGACAGAGACAGAGUGGAAACCUCUUGUCAAGUUUCUUUUUGACCCUCAGAGCAUCAGCAUUUUAACAGAUUCAUUUCUUCAUUGUUUCUCUUCCACACUGGGCUCUCUGUGUUUUUCAGAUAAGUGUGUCGAUGGCAGUCAUUCUUCUGAAUAUCUGAUUUUCAGGAACAAAAACUUGGCCUCAUCACUAUUCUAUGUGUUGCACUCGGGCAAGCGUGACGUAUGGACACUGACAGGGCGCACACUCCUCAUUGAGAAACUUCACUUUUGCGCCACAAAGUUAAGGUUAUUGAAGUGAAUCAGAUUUUUUCCCCCCCUUUUUGGUAGGCCUAUUUCAGUAUUUUUUUUCAAGGAUGCUCGUCUUAACUUGGAAUAGAUGCUGUGCUGUGAUGUUUCUCGUCGCUAUACUGAAGACGGGGACAUCCCAGGUAUCAGAGGCGCGCCCAAAGGCGAACUCCAUCAAGCCAGCUCUGUCGGAAGAGACACCUACACCCGCUACAAACCGCUCCGUCACAGUCCACAGCGGGAUCACCAAGAAAUAUAACAUCCUUGCGCAGCACGUGUAUCCAUGCAGCAAUGAUAAGGAGUGCAGUGUGGGAAGCUACUGCCACAGCCCUCAACAGGCUCCCUCUCGCUGCCUCACCUGCCGCAGGAGGAAGAAGCGCUGCCAUCGAGAUGCCAUGUGCUGUCCUGGGAACCGCUGCAGCAACUAUAUUUGUGUACCUAUCUCCGAGAGUGUGCUAUCACCUCACAUCUCAGCUUUAGAUGAGCAUAACAAACUCGCCAACAAAGACCACAACUGGAGGAAGAGUGGGAAGGCACAGGCUAAGCUUCCUCUUAAAGGGCAUGAGGGCGACCCUUGCCUGCGUUCAUCCGAUUGCUCGGAGGGCUACUGCUGUGCCCGCCAUUUCUGGACCAAAAUCUGCAAGCCGGUGCUGAGGCAGGGAGAGGUGUGCACCAAACAGAGGAAGAAAGGCUCUCACGGCUUGGAAAUCUUCCAACGCUGUGACUGUGCCAAGGGCCUUUCCUGCAAGGUGUGGAAAGACGCCACCUCCUCGUCCAAGUCCAGGCUCCACAUGUGCCAGAAGAUUUGAAGUGGAGGCAGCUGCUGUCGGCGUAGAGGCCUCUGUCUCCAUCUGCCAGGGAAAGUUUUUUAAAGGAUGGGUUGUGGCUGUAUUGAAAGGAGCAAAAGACAGAGACUAACAAGAGACAGAACAGACUGUGUGGGUUCAAGCUCGCUAUUCGGCAAGCGGACAGCAAAUGGGAUUGCUUUAAUGUGUUUGCUGUGAGUGAUCCCUCCCUGCACCCACAGACAAACACGCACCCUCACAGACACAUGCACACAUCCACCUCAUGGGUUUGUGAGAUCAAUGAACUCAUGAUGUGCUUGCUCACAAAUACAACAAACUUUUCACACAUUUUCAUGACAUUCAGGGAGCCACAAAGUUAACCAGUAGAUGCUGUGAUAGGUGUGGACAUUUUCUAGAUGGAGGCAACAGACGUAGCAGUCUUUCAUCAAGCUUCAACUUAUAAUUAUAAGACAGAUAAACUAUUUACAGAUAAGCCAUAUUUUUACUGCACAGUACAUUCUUUACUAAACUCCAAAGUUAAAUAUCAGAUGUGUAAUAUCCUGUGUUUCAUCACUGGAUUUGAAUUUUGCCAUGAUGUGUUGGCUGUUUUGUCAAAUUUCAAUAUCUUUCUCUUCAGUUUGUAUGUUUUUAGUCUUGAAGAAUUCAGCUAUUGCUAUGCAAGACAUUUACAACCAGUAACAAUGACCAGACCCACCAAAUGCCAGUCAUAUCAUACAAGGAACUAAUUGCACACACUGUUUACUCCAGAGCUUGACUUGUGUGCUGUAACAGCAUCCUGAGACUUCAAUGCGAUGCAUAAUACUCUUAAACCAAAGAAUGCAAGAACAUUUACAUCAGAGUGAUGAGUUUCAUCUGGGACAUUAGCUCCUCGCCCGAUUUUUAGCCACAAGAAGAGAGAUAAAGUAUUGUGUCCGUUGUGGUAACCUCGUUUGAUCUGUCAGAUACAGCUGCAGUCUAUUGUGAUACAACUGUGUGGGUUAAAAUAGUUUGCACUGAGGUAGUGCUCUGCUGCAGACUUAGUGAUUCUGAUACCAGACCGAGAAUGGUUCUGCUUUUCCAAUCACAUGAACAGGAUUCAAGGAUACGAUGGAAGUGCAAUUUUUUCCGUUAACUAAGCCAGUAGGAAUGGAGACGUGAGAAGAUUGAUUAGAGUUACAAAAAUUCUCCAUAAACCUGAUGUUUUCAGAGAGAAUUGCAAUUUGAAUGAACAUUUUGUUGAUGGCACACAGCCCCGUUUAUUUUUGCUGUUUUUCAAAUAUGACUGCAUACUUUCUUCUCAUGAAAUACUGUGCAGUUGUGUUGUAGCAGAGGUGAAGCAAAGCUUUUUCCCCCCUCUACAACUUCUUUAAACAACCACUUGUUACUUACAUAGUCAAUAUAUCACAUUUGCCUCUUUUUGCUUUAAUGUCUUUAGAGCAAAAACUACACAUAUUUUGUAACCAUUUAAAAUAUCCAUAAGCUCUUAUAUUGUAAAUAGAUUGGAAACAAUGAAAAUGUAUUUAAGAAUCAAUGUAUAUCAUGUACAUAUAAUAAAAUAUGAAUCUUAAACGUUACAGCAAAAUGAUCUAGGCGAGAAGAGUAAUUGGUUGGCGCAGUUGGAUAGAUUCAGAAUAAUGUAGUUGAAAUGAUAAAAGCUGUGUUUGGGCAAAGGGAAAAGGCAUAGAUAGCUUUGACUGAUAUUCCAGACUGGAUGCAUCAAGAGGGUAAUUCCAAAAGGAGAGACAAGCACAUUAAUUUCCAAAAUAGUUUGUGUAAAUGGUGUGUAAAUGGUGUCAAGAUUUAUAUCCCACUAAAUAUUGUUUGUGUCAAUACUUGCAUUGAUUUGUUUUGUGUAUUUACAAUGUUGAAUGAAUAAAAGAAUGUAUUUUGUA